AUGCCCCGCCUCUCGCCACCCGAGGCCCCGCUCCCCGCUCCCCGCUCCCCGCUCAGCCCCCCGUACAGUCCCGCCCCCAGCACAGCCCCGCCCCUUGGGCCGUUUCCUUUCGACAGCGAGAGUCUCGCUCUUGGGCGGCAAUUCCAGGAGGAGCAGCUCCGAGCGGGUCCGUCCGGCCUUCCCGCCUCCGGCCCGGGGACCCGCGCGCCCCCUUUCCUGUCGGAGCCCCCCACCGACCCCUCCCCACCUCGCGCCCCGAAAGGCCCCGCGGGGGCUCGUCGUCUGCGUCCCCCGCCCCGUCCCCUGGGCUCGCAGGGCGGCGCCGGCCGCGCCCCACGGCCCCAGGACCCUCACAGGGGAGAGAGGCCUUAUGAACAUAAAGAAUGCCAGAAAGCCUUUCGUCAGUUCUCACACCUCAUUGCACAUUUGAAAAGUCAUAGUGGAGAGAGGCCUUAUGAUUGUAAGGAAUGUGGCAAAGCCUUUAGUCACUCCUCAGACCUCAUUGCACAUAUAAGAAGUCAUAGUGGGGAGAGGCCUUAUGUAUGUAAGGAGUGUGGCAAAGCCUUUUGUUAUUCCUCAGACCUCACUGCACAUAUAAGAAGUCACAGUGGAGAGAGUCCUUAUGAAUGUAAGGAAUGUGGGAAAGCCUAUAAUCGCUCAUCAUAUCUCAUUAAACAUAUAAGAAUUCACAGUGGAGAGAGGCCUUAUAAAUGUAAGGAAUGUGGAAAAGCCUUUAGUUGGUUAUCAAACCUCAUUACACAUAUGAGAACUCACAAUGGUGAGAGGCCUUUUGAACGUAAGGAAUGUGGCAAAGCCUUUCAUCAUUCUUCAAGCCUCACUAUACAUAUGAGAACUCACAGCGGUGAGAGGCCUUAACUAAGGAACAUGGGAAAGCCUUUAGUAUCCACUGCUUACUAAACAUAAAUAACCUCACAAUGUGAGUGAUUUUAUGAAUGUAAAGAAUGUGCUAAAGCAUUUAGUUAUUACUCAUCCCUCACUGAAUACAUAAGAAAUCACCCUGGAGAGAAACAUUUUGAAUAUAUGGAACUUGGGAAAUUAUUUUGUGAAUCCUCAAACCUCACUAACCAUAUAAAAAUUCACAGUGGACAGAGGCUUUAUAAAUGCAAGGAAUGUGUGAAUGUUUUCAGAUGUCCCUCAUCCUUUGGAACACAUCUGAGAAGGAUACUGGAGAGAAACAAUGAAUGUUUAAGUAAUGUUGGAUAGAUUCAGUCUUCUUGUCUAUGUGUAAGAAGAUACAUGGCAAAGAAACCAAGUGAGUAUAAAGAAUAUGGAGUUUUUGUUUUCCUCUCCAUAUUUUCAAAAACAUUCUGAUUUACACAUAUGGGAAAGCCUCCCCUACACAUAUGACAUGUGAGUAGUGACACUGAAGAGACACUGUAAAUGUAAGUUUCCUGGGAGCAUCUACAAAUCUUUUUCAAUUCUUAGACAAUAUGUGAGGUAUUACACUGUGGAUAGAUCCUACGAAUGUAAAAGAUGAUGGUAGCCUUCAGUGACCCUAUGCUGUAAGCAUUGUGCAACUGCCUUCAUUCAUAUUAUUUCCCUUUUUGUGCAGAUGGAAAUUCAUACUGGGGGAAAAUCUUAUGAAAGUUAGAAAUAUACCUAUGUACAUUACUUUCCACUUUUCAUUUUCUGAUGUAACAUUAAGGUGAAAAAUGUCUUAAGUCUCCUUUCAAUCCUAGGAGAUGAAUUUUGAGAAGUAGUGUUUGCACUUUUCUUCAUUUAUAUAAAAAUUCUCUUCAUUAGAAAGUCUCAUCAACAUACAUGUUUUGCCGCCAUCUAGGAGCUCGACUAAGUCCAGGUAUUGAUCAUCGAUGUGUUAUCUCCAAUCUCUGAUCAAAAGGAGGGAAUGAUUUAGAAAAUAAUAUUUGGAAUCAUUAUUCCCUGACUUUGAGCAUGGAGAAAUAUGACCCAGCUGGAUCUGGGCCCUCAAGGACUCACACAGACACAUCAACUGGUCCCUGAGAUAAAGACAAUAGAUGGGACAAUCUUAGAGAUUAUCUUUAAGGAAGUUUUCACAAAAGGGCAAUCAAAGAGAACACAGAAGACUUCCCACUUUUUGCCUUUUUCUAUUAGCAUUUAGUGAACAGAAAUUUGU